AUGGAACACAUAGUUGAUACGGGUGAGAGCGAUCGCUCCGGUCGCCCCUCGAGGGUGACAAAACGAAAGAAGCGCCCGCCCUUGUCAUGCACCGAGUGUCGCAGGAGAAAAAGAAAGUGCGAUGGCAAACUCCCAUGCUGCGAUUGCAAACUGCGCGACAAGCCUCAAGGCUGUCGCUAUGCAGACGGCGCUAUGCCACGGAACCGAGAAACUGCGUCUCCUUACAGCAGCGCAGCCACCAUGUCCAUCCAUAGCCCGAUGUCAGUUACGGGCACCAUAUCGUUGGAUUCGGACAGCAGCAAGGGACACCAAAUUGACAAGCUCGGGUACGCCCGAACUGGUACUUCAACAGCAGAUUAUCUGGAUAGAAUCGAUGUCGGUGAUGAUGAGGUGGUGGGCGAGCUCGAGAUAUGUCCCACUGCAAGCGGCCAUGGAAAUCUCUGGGAGCGUUAUAAAUCCCUGGUCAAGCAGCUACCAACACGCGAAUGUAUCACGAAACUAACUGAUUUCUACUUUCAAAAGAUUAAUUGGCAAUACUACAUCUUGGACGAAAGUUCAUUUAGGCAACAGCUUCAUAAUUGGUACCAGCUUGACUUGCAGCCAUUCGCCGCAAAAAAGUUUGAAGUUCUUCCCGCGGACAUGAAGGCUUUUCCAGCUCUAUUAUUAGAAGUCGCUGCCACUUCUUUGCUAUUAAUGACACCAGAUAGGGCGCUGGAGCUGAAUGAUCUCAAGAAUGUUAGCGGCAUGUCAUUCGAAACCAUGGCUGUAAAAUACAGCGAGACUGGCAUGGCCUUGUUGAACCUCCUUGGGAAACUUCAGAUCUCUUUAACAACAGUAUUUGCGGACUUUCUCCGUGUUGCUUUUCUGAAGUACUUUGGGCAAGUAACAGAAUCGUGGCACGCUCUUGGAGAGGCCGUCAAAGAUGCGCAGGAGAUCGGGUUGCAUCGAGCCAGCCGAGAUCCAAAGCCUCACACAGAUGAUAUUGCGAUAGUGAUUGAGAAUCAAUGGAAUAUUCAGGAUCGUCGGAGACUCUGGAUGCUUCUAUCUGGCUGGGAUAUUCACACGGCUAUGGUUCUUGGACGGCCUGCGGCUAUUGACGACAAUACGGAGCCGAUACUUCCAGUUGAUGUACCUAUCACCGCAAACCGGCCGGUGACUCCGGUCAUGCCCAGAGGCGCGGAUGAUGUUCCAACACCUCUCACGCGGGCCAUCUGGGCGUACCGGAUUAUGAAGAAUCUUCGCCAGAUUCAAGCCUUAGAAAAGGAAGGAUCCUAUCCCGAAGAUUACUCACACGUUGACCGCCUUGACCAAGAACUACGGCAGCUUGACCAAAGCAUCCCUCCCUAUUUCCGUCGCCACAAUCCUGACAAGGGUUUUGAUUCAAUUCCCGAGUGCUACUGGUUAUCAGGCGCAAGGGCCACCGUACCACAGCUCCUAUCCUUUGACAUGAUGGCCUUACACCGUCCAUACAUUUUCACACGCCCUGAAAGCCGAUCACGCGCCCUAGAGGCUUGUCUCGACAUGCUCCAAGCGCAAAGAGAGCAUUUUGAAUCCAUAGAGGAGAACCAGUAUAAAACCUUCUUCUUGUUUUUCGGCACCUUUGAUGCCAUUGUGCUAAUUGCUUCGAUAUACACCUUCUUCCCAACAGAUCAUUUGGACAAGGCCGCUCAGGCGAUGCAGCACUUUCAGUGGUCUACAGAGCGUUUUGAGGCAAUGUCUGGUCAGAGUGCUCUCGCCAAAGCAGCGGCUAUCACUCUGCGUACGUUUUCCACACGCCUCAAGAAGACUCUUCAAUGGGAGGCGUGCUAUCCUUCGGUCGAUGCUCUAUCUACCUCGACAAAUACUCCAGGCUCGCACAUGCAGGCUAAGCUCGAUGGCUUAGCAUCUUAUUCCGACGCCAUAUCAAGCUGCUCAGAUACAGGGUUGUCGCCUUCCGGGUCGAAAAUGCAGCUUAGAUUCCCAAACGACGGACCGCCAGUUGCACUAUAUGACUUGUCUUCCAUUGAACCUAUAUAUGCAACAAGUGAUAUCGUAUACAACGACUUGUUCGGCAGCUUGGAUCUACAAACUCCCUUUAGCCCCGAUUCUAACCCUUGCUUACCUCAGUUCCAUGGUAACUUUAGCAGCAACAGUAUAUGGAGUUUCUUAAAUAAUGACUUUGACUAUGCUAACACUUAG